AUGGCGCCGUCACCUCCACGGCUGCGGAUUCUUUCAGUCGGCGGCAAUGCUGUGUCCGCGUUCUUAUCAUGGCGACUGCAAGCCACAAACGCUUGCGACGUGACUUUGGUGUGGAAGUCUGGAUUUGAUGCCGUCUUUCAAUAUGGAAUAUCCUUCAAAUCGACGUCCUUUGGCAAUGAGCGGUUCAAACCUCGACAUGUUGUUCGAGCACCUGAGGAAGCAGCAAGUUCGAAAGAAGGCGCGUUCGACUACGUUCUACUCUGUGUGAAAGCCCUUCCCGAUGUCUACGACCUUGCAGCCGUCAUCGAAUCUGUCGUUACACCACAACAUACAUGCAUACUGGUCAACACCACACACACAUUGGGUGUUGAGACACAUCUAGAGUCGAGGUUUCCGAGCAACGUUGUCCUUUCCCUCGUCUCCGGCGCCGAAAUCACACAAUUAGGAGCAAGCGAGUUUGAACAUAAAGGCUCAACAGAAAUAUGGGUAGGCCCGGCGAACAAGAAUCCUGCGAUGCCCAGCACAAUACAAGGGGACAUGGCAGAUGCCCUCGCCAUGACUUUGAGCAGUGGGCAAGUAGACUGCCAUGUUUCUACCAAUAUUCGACAGCAGCAAUAUGAGCGGAUGAUCGGUCCGAUUGCAUUUCACCCAUUGAGCAUCAUUUUCGACACACCAUCACACGCUGCUCUUCUCGAAAAAGUUGGAGUCAAGGCUUUGAUAUCAGAUGUUUUUGACGAGCUGCUCACCCUCGCAAAAGCUCAAGAAUGUAGCUUUCCCGCUGAUUUCAAGCAAAAGACGAUGGCAGAAAUGGUUCGACCCACAGAAGCGAAUAGCAUCAUGUACCAGGAUUUCGCAGCGAAACGGCCAAUGGAAGUGGAAACAUAUCUUGGGUCGCCAAUCAAGCUUGCACAAAGCGUCGGUGUUCGUGUUCCCCGAAUCGAGACCCUGUACGCCAUCCUCCACAAUCUCAAUAUCCUCAAUCAGCAAAGAAAAGAUAUUCCUGUGGCAUCUCCUGGAGGAAUGACCCCACCAGUAAGGUUAUCUUCUGUGCCUCCUCCCAGAGCAAUGAUGAACGGUGCACUGAAUGGCGUUGGACCGGGACCUGGAAGAGGGCGGGGAAGAGCACCUUCGAUGAAUGGGCCACCGCCAGGUAUGCGAAGAGGUCCACCCCCUAUGAAUGGUGGUCCACCUCCCAACGGCUAUGGACGGCCAGUUACCGGCAAUGGUUAUCCGCCAAGAAAUCAAUCCAGACGGGGCUCGUUAGAAGGCAACGAUCUUGAGGAAUUCAGCCAUCUUGUGUUAUACGAUGACAUUCCGGAGUCUGGGGAAUCCAAUUAUGGAGAUGGUUCUGAUCUUGCACUACGAGAACGUGAGCUUAUGCUAAGGCAGCGAGAACUUGCUCUACGCGAGCAGGAACUGCGCAUGAGAGCUGGAGGCCGUGGCCCUCGCAGAGGUCCCCCAACACCAUCUGUUCGGAAUGGAGGCUUCGACGACGAUGACGACGAUGGAUUUUUCGAUCCUGCAGACGCUCCCGCUCCGCCACUAAUUGACCCCGACAAUUUCGACAUGAUGAGUGUGACUUCUCGGCGAAAUCGAAAAGCUCCAAGCGCAAGCCAAUUACGCAAGAAUCCUGAAUAUGGCGACUCGUCUCAAGGACGAAGAGGAAAUGGAUAUAUGAGACCAGGGUUUCCCCGGAAUCGGUCAAGCGCGAGAUUAAUAAGUCAGACGUCGGGGCUGCAUGAUAAUAUAAUGGAUGAUCCGAUGAUGGGGUAUUCUUCAAAUCGAUAUGGAACCGUGGACAGGGGACAAAUGCACGCUGAGUCGAGGACGAACUCAUUGACGGCCGCCCGCCUCGACGAAUUGCAAUACGGCGGACCGGGCGGACCACCAAAUGGGCAAGCACCUGGGUACGGUCGAAGGGCGAGCCAGUCGCCUGGCAACCCAUACAGCCCGCAGAUGGGGAGAGGAAACGGGAGACCAUCACCACCAAAUGGCCCGAAUGGCUACAUGGGACCACCGACAAAUGGGAGACCUUCACCUCCUGGAGGCAUGCGGCAACCUGUCCCACGCCAUCCACCAGGUCAAGGCAAUGCAGUUGCGCCGCAACAAGUUGAGCAAUAUGCUGGGGUGAGCGCCCUUCAUCCACCCAAAGGUCCCAUGAACGUUCGAAGUCUGACGGGUAGUGCGAGCGCUAGCGCGGGGAGUGGUGACAGCGCCAACAUCGACUCCGAGCCAUCGGCGCAUAGCAGCCAGAGCAGUCUUGGGCCUCGACCACCAAUCGGCGUACGGUGA